AUGUAUGGACCAUAUAGAAAUUAUGUCCAAUUAAAGAGUGAACAGCCAGAUAUUGAGGAGACACUUUGUUACAGAAAUCCUUUACUUUCGUUUGACGUGUCGAAUAGCCAGGAUCCAAACGACGUUUUGGCUAACUUAUUUGUAAAACCAGGAUUGUUGAUCAAGGAGGAAUUGGAAAAUGUAGGAGGAAAGUUUGAGGUCUUUGAUGAUUAUGGGCACAUGGUCGAUUUGGUAUGGGUCAUGAUGAGCAGAGAUGAAUAUUUGGCUUCAAGAAAUUCUGACCAAAAAAUCACAGGAACUAAUAGAGAAGAUUUAUUAAAUUUGAAUGACUUGAACAUGCUUGAAAAAAGCAUGAAAAUGGGCCUAAGAGAAAAUGAAGAAAUUGUCUGGCUUGAGAAGAUUAAUACCAAGGAACUAGUUUCUUCCAAGGAAUAUUCCAAGCUUCCUGAGAGUAUAAAACAGAAACCAAAUUGUGUUGUAGCAAUCAUUAAGGCCCCUGACGUUUAUUCUCAUCCAAAAGAUUAUUUUCAAACAAGAUAUGGAGAUGCUGGAAAGAAAGUUAAUAGCUCCCCAAAUGGAGAUCUUUAUAGAGGAGUGGUUUUGACAACAUACUACAAUCAAUUGGUUGCUAUUGGAAGAACCUAUCCAAACCAAAUGAUUAAUUUUGAUUUGGCAAGAAAAGAUCUCUCAAAAGAUGAAAUAGAGAAAAUAUUCCAAUUUAUUCCAGAAUCACAAAAAAGCACAUUCCAUAGCAUUGCGAAUCAAAGUACUUCAAAGUCUUAUGAAAUCAUUAGAUACUUGAGGGAGGUGUUAUUAAAACUUUACUCUGAAAGAUUAACAUUGAAUGCUCCCAAGGAUGAGUAA